AAAUUGUUCUACAGGUAACUAUUUGAGAACGAUCCCCAGAUUUGAAAACGAGAUACACACUUGCAGUUUUCCACGCAUAUGGAAAUUUAAAUGUUUUUGUGGCUAAAUUGAACAACUUGCAUAACGGCAUGGACAAAACAUGAAUACACUCUUUAACAAAGACGAUAAAUUAUCUGGAACAAUAGUUAGUUUAUUUUUGAGCUUUUUAGAGGCAAAUAUAAUUUCUUGUUCAGAGAUUUGAAGUAAGUUUAUUCCAUAAUAAAAACACUACUAAAAAAAGUAGCAACACCAUUUACAAUAUAUUUUGGAGAAUUGUACGUAUCCUCAAAACAACAUUUUAAUAUGCGCUUUUGGACCCAUCUGGUUACCCAUCAAAUCAGUUAG